AUGAACGACUUCUUCUUCUUGCUGCUGAUCGUCCACGAUCGCCUUCGCCGCGAGUCAGCUUCGAAAAUGAGAAAUCUGAUUGCCAGAGUCGAGAAUCGUGGCACAGUAACUUGCGACGAGUUCCGGGAUGCGCUUCGAGAUGCUCAGAUCUUGGGUAUCGACGACGCCAUAUGGAGGUCCAAGCUUUGCCCCCCAGCCGCCCUUGGAACUCAGGCUGCUUUGUCCGAAGCCUUGGUGUUGGAAUACCUUGGUGGUGGCUCACACGGCAAGUUGACCAAGGGUUACAUCACGGAGUCCCAAAUGCUGUGGGCAACGGUGGAGGCGGUGGCUGCUGAGCUCCACGACCGUGUGGAAGGCCUUCGCAAGAUAUACCGCAAUCAUAAGAUUGACGACAAGAACCAGGACGAGCGCGUUUGCCGGCUGAAUUACGCGGAUUUCAAGGGCCUCAUCCAGGCGCAGGAUCCGAGCAUAUCCAACUCCGCGGUUCGAUCUCUGUUCAUCGCCAGCGUGGAGGCCAGCCGCUCUUGCUUUCAGUAUGAGGGAGAUGCUUGCCCAGCCACCGGCACCUUGGAUCCGGCGCCCAACGGACUCUACGGAGGUGACAUCGUGACGCUACAGCACAUGGGCCUCGCGGUUGUGAAGACGCUGAUGAAAGACCAGGUGGUAGACUGGACGGCGGGCAAAUCGGCACCCACUGACAACAAGUCCGUGGAGAACAGUCCGUCUGGCAUGUCUGCAGCCUCUGCGGCACCAAGCUUCCAGUUGGGGAAGUCGCCUAACGGCAGCGCUCGCGGGAUGAAGCCGCCACGCCUCAACCGAUGA